AUGCACCUGAAGAGCAUCUUUGAGGCUCCAGUGAACCCAGCAACACUCAAAGAUUCCAGCCAGAAAGUUGAUGCUGGAAGGAUCCAAAAACCACAACCUUCAGAAGGUCCUGCUCCACUUUCUCCUUCCCACAGUGUUGAAUCCCCAGGCUUGCCCAUUACCAAAAAAAAGAGCGAACUGAUUUCCUUCAUAGAAAACAACUCUGUUGUGAUCAUCCGAGGAGCCACAGGCAGUGGGAAGACCACUCAGCUUCCUCAGUUCAUUUUGGACCACUACAAUGAGAAAAAUGUGACAUGUAACAUUGUGGUUACUCAGCCACGCAAGAUUGGAGCUACCAGUAUUGCUCGUUGGGUUGCUGCACAGAGGAAGUGCACCCUGGGUAGUCAGGUGGGAUAUCAGAUUGGACUGGAGAAAAUGACUACUGAACACACUCGGCUAAUUUACAUGACCACAGGGGUUCUGCUGCAAAAGCUGGUGCAAGCCAAGUCUCUCACAGGGUACUCUCACAUUUUUGUAGAUGAGGUUCAUGAGCGCACUGAGGAGAUGGACUUUCUCUUGUUGGUGUUGAGAAAACUCCUUCAUUCCAACUCUCGUCAUGUUAAGAUAAUCCUUAUGUCAGCCACCAUCAACUGCGAUGAGUUUGCUAGAUACUUUGCCACGCUGAUACGGGGCAAGAUGAGCCCUGCUUACGUGUUUGAAGUAGAGGGAACUCCGUACGCCACAGAAGAGUUUUACAUCGAAGACAUUCAAAAGCUUCACCCUCACGGGUUCGAGCUGCCUAAUCCUGAUGACCCGCAUAUCCCUCUCAAGAUGUACGAUCUUGCCAUCAAUCUAAUCCACAGCUUUGAUGAGAUGGAGGGGAAAGAUUUCAGCAAAGCUGAGGCAGAUGGUCGGAUGACUUUGUCAGAGAGAGGAAGUGUUCUGGUUUUCCUUCCUGGUUUACAAGAGAUUCGCUGCAUGCAGGAGGCAUUGUCCAAGCUCGUUCACCAAAGACCCUUAACCCCUGAUUGCUACCCGGAUGCUGCACAGUGGCAGCCCACUGCUGACAAAAGGGUGAUCCUCUCAACCAACAUUUCUGAGAGUUCGGUGACUGUGCCGGACGUCAAAUACGUUAUUGACUUCUGCUUAGCCCGUCAGCUGGUGUAUGACAAGGAAACUAAUUAUCAGUGUCUGCGUCUGACCUGGGCAUCCAAAAGCAACUGCAAUCAGCGCAAAGGUAGGGCCGGCCGUGUGUCAAAAGGUUACUGCUACCGUCUUGUGACCAAACAUUUUUGGAGAAAUGAAAUCCCAGAAUAUAUGACUCCUGGGAUGCAGCUUGCCCCUCUGUCAAACAUCCUGUUAAAAGUCAAGCUGCUGGAUAUGGGAGACCCUCUCACCCUUCUCUCUAAAGCGCUCUCACCGCCCAACCUCUCUGAUAUUGUCAGGACAGUGCUCCAACUCAUAGAGAUGGGUGCACUGUCUGCAAAAGCGGAUGGAGGAAGUCAGAGCCAGGAUGGUGAGCUGACAUUUCUUGGUCGAGUGAUUGCCAGCCUUCCUGUGGACCUUUACCUAGGAAAGAUGAUUGUCCUGGGUCAUGUCUUUGGCUGUCUGGAUGAAUGUCUCAUCAUAGCUGCGUCACACUCUCUGAGAACCUUCUUUGCCAUCCCAGCCAUGCAGCAGCUUGCCGGUCACAGGAGUAAGCUGGCAUUUGCACAUGGUACACCAAGUGACUCUAUAGCCAUCCUUAAUGCCUUCAGGGCCUGGUACUCUGCUAAAAAGAAUGGACAACUGAGGCAUCCUAAGGACGAGCUGAGCUGGGGAAGAGAGAACUUCAUCCAGAUCAAAAGGAUCAGAGAGGUUGCAGAGUUGUAUGAGGACCUGAAGAAGCGUGUUGCAUUGUUUAACAUGCAUGUCCCAGAGGACCCACAGUCGCUUGACAACACCAGCACCCACCGGCAGAAGUUCAUCCUUCAGGUUGUCAUCGCAGGAGCCUUCUACCCAAACUACUUCUUCCAGCAGGAAACGGAUGAACGGCUGGCCUGCAAAGAGCUCAAUGGCCUGAACCCCAGAACAACAGUGAUGGUGAGGAACCUCCCUCCAUACAGUUUCCUCUACUACAAACAGCUUCAGUCUUUGUUCCGACUUUGUGGGCAGGUGAAAACUGUCACCUUCGAUUGUUCCAGAGCUUAUGUUGAGUUUCAAAGGACUUCCAAGGAUUCCGGGGUGUUGCCUGAGGUGUUGCUCUCCCUCCUGAUGGCCCAAAAGAGCUUCCCACUGGAUAUGUCAGUCUACUCCUCUGAUCAGAUUGAAAUGUGUGCGGGGAGAAGAUCAGUGACUCACUUGAGAUAUUCACGACUGAAGGCAGAUAUCCAAAGACAGUCACUCUCCCUGAUGGAUUCGGUCAGCACCAAAUUUAACCCUGGCAAGCUGCCUCCCAGUCGCCUGUUUGUUGUGAACAUCACCGAGGUGAUGGAUGUGGGUCAUUUCUGGGGUUUCCCAGGAGAUGAAGCAAGCUUGGAAAAGCAGCGCUGCCUGACGUCCGAGAUAAACAAGUGUACUAUGUCUCCCAUGACUGUGUCACUUUACCCCAACCUGGUGUGUUUGGCCCCAUUCUCGGAAAGCAAUGAGGAGAGUUUGUACUACCGAGCCAAGAUCCUGCACAUAAGUGGCAACAAUGUGGAGGUGUUCUUUUUGGACUUUGGAAACACUGCAGUUGUUUCCAGCAGCAGCCUCAGGGAGCUGCCAUCUGACCUGCUGUCUGAGCCUUAUCAGGCCUGGGAAUUCCAAGUUGUUGGAAUGCGUCCUUCAGCCCAGUCCAUCAUACUGGGAAACCAGUGGAGCAGCCGUGCCAGAGACUGCUUCAUCACAAUGGUGAAGAACCAGUCAGUAAUUGUGUCCCUCUACUCGAUCCUGUACGGCGUCAUGCGUGUUGAGCUCCUCAUCAACAAGGAUUCGAAAAGUACCAGUGUAGUGGACAUACUGGUGGAGGAGGGCUAUGCUGUGAAAGCAGAGGAGAGCUUUGAUUCUCAGCAAAGCCAUGAAGAUCUGAGGUGGGUGUACAAUGAAAUGGAGAAAGGAACAUACGUCCCCACUGCUGUCAGCUGUUCCAUGAGUGAACAAAAAGAACAAGACGAGGAGAUGAUCCACAGUCUGCUGACUCAGCUGUCCAGUGGCCACAAGUCCUAUUGCAAGAAAAACGUUAAUCUGUUGGGACCUUGGAGUCCUUACCAGACCAAGUUCCACAGCUUGAGCAGGAAAACGUACUACAGGACCGUCAGUAUUGACAGGAGCAGCAUCAACCACUUCACCCUAAAUGAAAACCCACACUUCAAACAUCACAGGAUGCUGGUGGCUGCGAAGGUGGCCGUCAAUCCUUCAGCUACACAGAUCCUGCUGAACGAUACCUCCCUGCUGCCUGACAUCCCAGGACUGCCUAGCUUGGUGAUGAUGCUCUUCACGCCAGUCUUGGAGCUGCGCACAAACGAAGAACAGAGCUACUACACCGGAGCGCUCUGCGGCUUGGGCUUCGACGAGGUAGCACAGAAGCCCAUCCUGCCUGAGAAUGACAUUGAACUGGCCUUUGAUGUCAAGUUGGAUAACAAAGACGUCGUCGAGAUUAACACUCUGCGGUCGGCCAUCAACAGCCUGCUGUGCAACGGGCCCAGCAGCACUCUGCAUCUGAGCCAGAAAAGGAUCCGUCAGCUUCAACAAGACUGCGGGGACCGCCUCACCAGACUGUUCAUCAGGACUCCUCCAAGACCAGCUGUCACUCCGGCGUACCUUGAGAACCAAUGGAAGUGGAACCAGGUUGAUCCUUCUCACAGAAUGGUCCUUGCAGAGCAAGGAGGUGGAAACGUUCAGGGUGGUCUCUUCCAGCUCCAUUCUCCCAUUGUGCUCAACAGAUAAAUAAAAGCUCCGUAUGAGAAUGACAGGAGUGAUAUGAGAACUUUUUCUUUAGAUGGUUUUAAUGUUAAAAUAAGACAAACUGUGUUCGAAAAUAUUUUAUGUUAUCAAAGCAGAAGUUUGCUGUUUAUCCAAAAGGGCUGUUUUAUGUUCAUGUAGAGUUGUAAUUAUUUACC